AUGACUGUUGUCAUGGUAACCGUGCCCCUGCAGCCCAUGUGUGACCGAGUGCGAUUAAAACAUGUUUAUAUCUUCAACUCUGCGUUCUGUCACACGGCGAGACAUGUUCGCAGUCUGCACCAAUCAGCAGCUCGUGCCGGAGCAGGAGGACUCUUUGUGCACAGAGACACGCCAGAAAACAAUGCAGAAACUCCAUUUGAAUUCACCCCAAAAAACAUGAAGAGAGUUGAGGCCAUCAUGAAUAAUUAUCCAGAGGGACACAAAGCGGGUGCCACAAUUCCUGUGCUAGAUUUGGCUCAGAUGCAACAAGGCCAAAAAAAAAUCCAUGACAGACAGUGCAGGUAUGUGGCAGAGAUCCUGUGCAUCGCUCCUAUGAGGGUGUAUGAAGCUGCAACGUUCUACACCAUGUUCCUCCUUCAGCCAGUGGGAAAGUACCACAUCCAGAUCUGCACCACCACUCUGUGCAUGCUCUGUGACUCAGACAGCAUCCUGGCGGCCAUCCAGAAAAAACUGGGUGUCAAAGUCGGGGAGACCACAGCCGACAAAUUAUUCACGCUAACAGAAGUUGAGUGCCUCGGAGCUUGUGUGAACGCACCAAUGGUCCAAAUCAACUAUGACGAUUAUGAGGAUCUUAAACCAUCAGACAUGGAGCAGAUCAUUGAUGAGCUGAAGGCAGGGAGAGUCCCUCUACCUGGGCCCAGGAGUGGCCGUUUUUCAUGUGAACCUGCUGGAGGGUUAACCUCACUGAGAGAACCUCCUCCUGGACCGGGCUUUGGAGUGAGACCUGACCUGUAAACAGCUCUCCAUAGACCAUUAACUAAUUUAAGUCCUUGAACAUCAGAGAUGUUGUGUAUGUAAAUAAAGUGCUAUCAUUUAUUAUACUCUGUAUGCCCAGUGUGAUUCUUUUAAUGUGUAUGGUUAAAUAUUUAGCCCAUUGAAAAGUUGUUGGUAAGAAUGAGUUGACCGAACCCUGCAUAUUAAAACAUAAUUUAAAUCUGUAGUGCACGGGUCGGCAAUCUAUGGCAUACGUGCCAGCAUUGGCACACAGAGGGGGUAAUCACUGGCACACCAUUAAUGGCAAGAGGAGUUAAAGUAUUGGCAGUGACAUAAAUUUUGUGUUUAACAAAGUUUUCUGCUUCAGUUUAUAAAAGGAGGGAAGAAGAGCUUCCAUUCAUUGUAUACUUGUUCGCAAUGGUUACCUCUAAAGAAAGACGUGCAGCCAUCAUCGCUUUGCAUCAAAAUGGCCUCACAUGCAAGGAAUAUUGCACCUGAAAGAACCAUUUACCUGAUCAUCAAGAACUUCAAGGCGAGAGGUUCAACUGCAAUGAAGGCUUCAGGAAGUCCCAGAGUGUUCAGCAGGCGCCAGGACUUUCUCCUCCUGAGGAGUCCGCUACGGUAUCGUGUCACCACCAGUGCAGAGCUCAAUAUUGGCAGCAGGUUGGUGUGAGGGCAUCUGCACCCACAGUGAGGCGAAGACUUUUGGACAAUGGCCUGGUGUCAAGAAGGGCAGCAAAGAAGCCACUUCUCUCCAAGAAAACCAUCAAGGACAGACUGAAAUUCUGCAGGAAGUACAAGGAUUGGACUGCAGAAGACUGGUGCAAAGUUAUUUUCUCUGAUGAAGCCCCCUUCCGACUGUUUGGAACAUCUGGAAAAUCGAUAGUCCGGAGAAGAAAAGGUGAACGCUACCGUGAGUCCUGUGUUGUGCCAACAGUGAAGCAUCCUGAGACCAUCCAUGUGUGGGGUUCCUUUUCAUCCAAGGGAGUGGGCUCUCUCUCAAUUCUGCCCAAAAACACUGCCAUGAAUAAAGAAUGGCAUCAAAAGGUCCUGCAAGAGCAACUUCUCCCAACGAUCCAGGAGCAAUUUGGUGAGGAUUCGUGCAUUUUCCAGCAUGAUGGAGCACCAUGUCACAAGGCAAGAGUAAUAAUGAAGUGGCUCGUAGAUCAUUACAUUUAAACUUUGGAAACGUGACCAGGCAACUCCCCGGAUCUUAAUCCAAUAGAGAACCUGUGGUCAAUCCUCAAAAGGCGAGUGGACAAACAGAAGCCCACAACUUAUGAUCAACUCCAAGCACUAAUAAGUCAAGAAUGGAUCUCCAUCAGUCGGGAUUUGGCC